AUGAAUCCAGAGCAGAUCCCGACAAAGAAUGGAGUCUCAUACGAAGAUCUGGACCGAGAUUUCCCGUCUCUGGAAAAUCAAGCUAAGGGAUCAUCUUCAGGCGUCGAGUUAAGUGUACUCACCUUGAAUGUGUGGUGCCUCCCUCAACCAUGGCCUGUUGGCAGCAAAGAUCGGAAGUAUCGCUUGAAAAAACUUGCGGAUGCCAUAUUGGAGGAGAAAUACGAUAUUGUAGGAUUGCAGGAAAUAUGGAGCAAUAAUGAUUAUCUCGACAUGGCAGAGAGACUGUCGUCCGCUUUUCGCUAUCACCACUAUUUUCAUUCCGGGUUCACAGGAAGCGGCGUGUGCGUGUUCAGUCGUUAUCCGAUAGUGUCAACGCUUACUCAUAGGUACUCAUUGAAUGGGUUUGCUCAUCAUAUCCAUCGCGGUGAUUGGUUCGGUGGUAAGGUUGUUGGCUUAGUUGAAAUAGAGGUCGGUGAAAUCCGGGUUAAUUUCUACACCACACACCUCCAUGCGGAAUAUAAUCGUGAAAAUGAUCUUUAUCUUCCACAUAGAACAUCACAAUCAUUUGAACUGAGCCAAUUCGUGCGCCACACCUCACAUGGUGCCGAUGUUGUUAUUGUGGUCGGAGACUUCAAUAUGGAACCAGAUGACUUGGGUUUCAGGUGA